AUGCAAACCACAAGACAUAAGAUGCAAAAAAGUAAAAUGGCAAAUCUUAAGUGCGUUCUUAACGUCAUACUUAAAAUAUUGUUCUGUGCAUUUUUUGUUAUUCAACCCUCAUAUAUACAUCCAGAUGAACAUUUUCAGUGCAUGGAAAUUUUAAUGUGGAUUUGGAAUAAAAAUGGAUUUGCAGUUGAUUUACCUUGGGAAUUUGUAGAGGGCGCUAGAAGUUUUGUCCCAAUUGUUGUAUGGUACUUACCACUUUAUUCAUUGUUCAAUAAUUACGACAACACUGUAUCUCCCACCCUUCUAAUAAAAAUUACAAGAUUAUACAACUUUUUCAUAUAUUUUGCUAUAUUAUUUUUUUACAUUAAAGCAAGGGUAUUUCCAAACUCAGCAAAACGUAAAAGAAACAAAGUUUUGUUUCUUAUUAUAACUUCUUAUGUCACAAUUGCGUACCAAUCACAUUCCUUUUCAAAUGGUAUCGAAACAAAUCUAUUGCUUUUGUCAUUAUGGUGCAUCGACAAAUGUGCCGACAAGGCACCCAUUUUAUCAGGCUCAAAUUGUACGAAUAUUGGCAAUAAAAAUAUAUUACCAUGGCUCUGUCUUGGGGUUUUAAUUAGUAUUGGUGUCUUUAAUAGGAUUACAUUUAUAGGAUUUGUAAUUUUGCCAUUACUUGUUAAACUUGCUAGAGCUCACAAUUUUAAUCAAAUUUUGAUUUCAUUAUUUACUUUUGCUAUAACUUCAUAUUUGAUCAUACUUUUCGAUACCAAAAUGUACUAUAAAGAGUGGAGACAACCGCAUAGCACCACCUCGCCAAUCAUAGCACCGUUGAAUAACUUUUUGUAUAAUAUUGAUAUUAAAAACUUGCAAAAACAUGGUGUUCAUAUGAGACUGACCCAUUUAUUUGUUAACAUUCCGCAACUACUAGGCCCAUUAAUUCUAGUCCUAUUUAGCGUCAAAUUUCUGGGAAUAAUUACAAUUUUUGAUCAAUAUGUUCAUAGUAAUAAUAAUUUAAGCAAUAUUCCACAAACCAAUUUUAUACAUAUAUGGUGGAAAACUUAUUCACCUCCAACAUGGAUGUAUUUGAAUUCUAAUUUGGAGAUUUACGAUACAGACCCUGAAACAGAGAGGAUUGAGCAAAAUUUGAUAUUUGAUGAUCAUCAUAGUGCGAUAUUAAACUUGAAAGGAACUGAUAUCACCUAUGUUUACGAGUUAUUUGCGGAAAUUCACAAUAAAACAAAUCAAAACUUUACCAUCAUCCUACCUUAUUCUGUUAAUUCUGUACUUUUAGCAAAUAAUAAAAACAACACGUACACAUUUGAGAAGAAAUGGAACGAUAUAUAUAGUUUAGAUAUGGAUCAUUUUAAUUUUCAAGAUAUAUCAUCCUUUAAGCCUGGAAUGGUCGCAUACAAUGUAUUCAUACUUUGA